GGCUCAGUGGAUGAACGAACACUGGUUUAUCUUGCUCUCCCUGCUGGGUCACAGUGUUCCUCGCUACUUGCUCGCUCACCACAGUGCUCUUCUCCCAGUGGCUCGUCGCUGCAACGUUCUCAGUUCAGCUCCAGGCCAGUGCUUCAACUUUGGGGACGAUGCUGUUGUGUGUCAGGUAGCAAGAAUGAAAGACCCAAGUCAGAACAAGAAUAUUCCAAGCAUCAACAAUGACGACGUAAUACUAAAUGGUCACUCGUUCGAUGACGAUAAUCCCUUUGCAGAGUACAUGUGGAUGGAAAACGAAGAGGAAUUCAAUAGACAGAUUGUAGAGGAGUUAUGGGAGGAAGAAUUUAUCGAGCGCUGUUUUCAGGAAAUGCUGGAGGAAGAAGAGGAGCAUGAAUGGUUUAUUCCAGCAAGGGAUCUUCCCCAGACCAUUGGACAGAUCCAGGAUCAACUCAGUGGGCUCAUGAUCAACAGCAGCGGAUCACUGGAGAACAUCGUGGGAAGAAGACACAGAAAACCUUCGGAAAUAUUGGAGAACUACAGACUGGAAGCAAUUUGAACCCCAAUGCGAAGGAAUUUGUCCCUGGGAUAAAGUACUGACACUGUUAACCUGCGGGUGAAUGUAGCACAAUCUCCACACUGCAAAGUCAGUAACAGAGCAAUCAAUAAUAGAAGCUGCCUUCUAUGUCACUGUGUUACACUCAUGCCUUGCCAAAGUUUUCACUUGCUGUUGCAUGCUAAAUAAAUGUACCAAGACUAUUAUUAUUCAA